AUGGCACCGCCUAAAUCUGGCGUCGCUGCCCAACAGAGCGCGGGACAUCGAGCAAACGACCCUGGAGCCCGAAACCUUACUCUGGAUUUCAAAGGACUUCAGAUCACGGCCCCUGUCAGCCUACUGGAUCUACCACCGGUCAUCCUCUGUGGCAUUAUCCAGGCAACCGACUACCAGACCGCGCUUCGCCUCUGUCAGACUCAUCGUCACUUCUGCGGACUGGUCGAAGUAGGCUUCUCCCACGGCCCGAAGCUCCAGGACAAGAUCGCAUUCGUGGUACAGCGCGCUUAUGCGAAAUGCACUCCCUACACACUCAACCCAUACACCCCAGGCAAGGGCUAUCUCGGCUGCCGGCUAUGCUACCAGGUCUACCCCGUUGAACCCAACGAUCCCAACUUCGACGACCAGUCUCUCGGCGUAUGCAGAGACUGCGACCUGCAAUGCGGUGUACCCACCAUGGGGGACGCCGACGACGACCUACUCCGUGGAACUCCGUACCAUCUCCACUCCAACCGGCUCGUACGCUUCUGCCUGGUAUGCGGCCACCUCGUCUACCAAGACCCCCGCCCUCACCGCCCGACCCUCUACUGUCCCUGCAUCAAAGAUGUCUCCGUGGGCGAGCAUCUUGCCGCCGUCAAUGCCUACCCGGGUUGUUCUGUCCACCUCUUACCAUACCUACCAACCUACAUGAGGUUGUUCGAUGAGCAAAACCCACCUUCAUGGCCCGGGUUCGAGACUACAGACCAGCCUCCCCCCUUCCAAGCAGAGGAGGUAGGAGAGCUUGCCGACGACAUUGUCGCGGCCGAGGCGUUUUCGGCCAAGAUGAUUGGCAUUGAAGUCGGCAAGCUCAACCGCCAAGCGCAAGAGAAGAAGCGCGAGGAGGAGGAGAAGAAGCGCGUGUUGGCUGCAGACGAGAUGAAAGCUUGUCUGGAGAAGAUUCGGCGCAGGCAGGUUGAGCUGAAAGAGGCCAAGGCGAAAGCCAGGAUUGAGAGGGGGGUUAUGUUUACGGUUGGGGAGGCUUUGGUGUUGUAUAAGAAGGGGGAGGGAGAGGGGUUUCCGUUGGAUCUUCAGCUGAGGCGAUCGAGGAUGGGAUGA